UUUGGGUGAAAUAUUACAACCGACGCGCUGCAAAACACGAAAUUAAGACACAUCCUGAGAGGAAAAAUAUGGCAGCAAGUGUGUUUUUCCUGAAAAGAGUGUUUUGUGCAGUGGCUGCCUCCAGGCCGGGUCUUAUCUGCUGCAGCGGGGAGGAUGUGGUCAGUGCUGGGAGGCUUUGUUGAUGGGUUGACUGGUGCUGGUGCUGGGGCUGUGUGGGAUGGUGGUCAUUGUUCCUGUGAGCCCAGGGUAGAGAGCGUCUGGUGUUAUGCAGAAAGGCUCCGCUCCUGUGGGGGGUAUAAUAAGAGGCCGGGUCCUUGAGCGCCUCAUAGUCAGUUUUCUGAAAUGCUCCCAAACUGUAAAGACUCUGCCACGUUCGACUCGACCUCAUCUCUGAUGGUAAAGAUCAGACUCGCUGCAAAGGCUGACGUUAAGGGCGUCUUUAUCAUCAAUAGCAAUCCAUGCAUUGAUCCAAGAUGAAUUUUGAUCUUUUAUCUUUAUCAAAAUUCUUUCCAGGACACUCAGUCUGAUUUGGAGGUGAUCUUAGAGUUCCUGGAGGAGUACUACAGACAGAACUCUGCAGAAAAUGGUAAGAAGAAAAGCUCAAAAGUUUAUUUUGAUCCUUUUAGAGUCCUUGAGAUAUCUUGUGCUUUUUUCCAGAGGUCAAGGUGCAUCACAGUGAGGCUGUGGAUGAAAGAAGUGCCCCUGUGGACGAAGCAUCAUAUGAGCAGCAGUGGAUGUACUGUGAGCCACCUAUCACCAAACCUGCACCUCAGCCGCUCCUGGCUCUUGACGCCCCUCCAACCCUCGGCCAGUACACGGUAGCAACACCACCUGAGUGUGGGUCACUGCCAAACUGUGCAUCAACAAGACAAACAACCAAACACCAGGCCACGGCAGCAGGGAGUGGUAGGAAGGUGAGACUCUUUCACUUUCUCUUCGAGAUGCUGGAGGAUCCCAGCAUGGCCCACUGCGUGUCCUGGGUGCCAGCGACUGCCGGUGUCUUCCGCUUCUCCUCCAGGAACAAGGACCAGGUAGCGACGCUGUGGGGGCAGAGAAAGGGCAACAAGAGGCCCAUGACGUACCAGAAGAUGUCCCGGGCCCUCAGGAACUACGCCCAGUCCGGAGAGAUCUUCAAGGUGAAGAAGAAGCUCACCUACCAGUUCAGCCAGGACACCCUGACGUUACUGCAGAGGUGUCGUCCAGGAGAUCUGUAA